AUCUGAGGAGAAACAAGGGAAGAAUCGUCACAGAAGAAAGAUCUGGACAAUUGCCAGGUUAUUGUAACUUAGAUUGCCAUCUAGUUUUGCCUUUCAUGUUCACAUUAGCCAAUGAAAAGAGUUAUGAAAUAGCUGGUUACUUAUCAGUGCAUGCUAGACCAUCAUCUAGUGCUAUUUCUUUUCUACACCUGCUGCAAGAGUUAGCAGAUCCUCAAUGGGAAAUGUGCAAGAGCUGGGCAUCGUUCUGCUAUUCUGUAUGCAAACCGCUUUGGCUCUCCUGUGUAGAGAAUGUAAAUCCUAUUUCCAUCAUAAAUGCAUACAUGAAAUGAAAACAUGCAAUGCCAAAGAUGGCGACUCUUGUAUGACUGUUAGAUUGUGGACUCCACCUCAGAAUGUAUAUGAUCCAAAUGAUGCAUAUUCUAGAUGCCAGAAAAACUGUACAAUGGAUUAUUAUGACUAUGGUGAUUACUCAGUAUUGAUAAAAUGUUGUCAUGGUUUUGACUUUUGCAAUGAUAUUACUGUGCCAAUACUAGAAUGGACCUGAAGAACCUUCAGAUUAUCUUAUGCCUUCUUCCAGUCUUCCUCAUCUUAACUUUUCAAAUAAAUUCAAAUAAAUG